CCACCUCAGCUAGCAUGAUGCCGACUGUAUCAACUGUCAGCUGCUCCCCUAGCAACGAAAUGUAAACAAUGUAAGAACCGGAAGAGAAAAAAACUACGAACUCGGCCUCGCUUCUUUUUUUGUGUCUUACAGAUACUUGCAAGCGGUUUGAGAAAGACAUAUUCUCACAUAUGUAAACACGCACAUAUGCAUUCACAUGAACACAUACUAUUUGCUCCAUAAACCCCUAUAUGCUCUCAAAGACACUGGUACACAGUCGCUUACACUUACACACGUUCCUAAAGUUUUACUCUCCCUCUCUCUCUCUCUCAUUCACACAUAUAUAAACACACUCAUAUACAUAGACACACUUGCUCUUACAUCUAUAUAUAUGAUCCUCCAAGUACCACCCACAUAAUACAGACACACACACAAACACACACACACACAUACUCAUGAAUGCUGUACUUGAUCUCAAAAUGGUAAAACCCAAAGUAAACCUCAUUGCAAGCGGCACUUCAAAAUAUUCCCAGAAGAAGCGAGAUGAGUCUGUGUACCAUUACCUGAAACGAUUGUCACACCUCCACCUCGAAGGCAAGAAUUUGACCGAAAUUGACUGUGACUUUUCCAUGUGUCCUCAUUUGUCAGUAUUGUAUCUGUAUGACAACCACUUAACAGCAAUCCCAGACUUAUCCAAAAACAGGAACCUAUCACACCUCUACCUCCAAGACAAUCAGAUCCGGCAUAUUCCAGACCUCUCCAAUCUAACACAACUGACAAAACUGUAUCUCAGUAAUAACUGUAUUGCAGUGAUUGAGGGCCUCAAAAACCUUCCUCAACUCAAUGAACUUUACAUGGACAGACAGCAGCUGCCCCCUGGAGAGAAGCUCCUACUUGAUCCAAGAUCCAUCAGAGCUAUUGCUGUGAAAAACCUUGAUGGCAAAGCCAUUAGUGCCACCUCCAAGACCUUCAUACAUAACUGGUCAGCUAGCAGGACUGCCUUAAAACCAAGAAGCGAGACUACACAGGUUCUAAACCCAUACAAAGGUGACCCACUAGAUGACACCAAUUUCACCACUUUCCCACGAGAUUCCAAAGUCUCUGGCUACAUGAUGCCUGGUUUACCAAUGAGGAAACAUUUCAGCCAAAGUACAAAGGGACACAGCAAGACAUUCCUUCCAAGCACGACCACCACCACUGCUAGAAACCAGAACACCAACAACUCCUUUGUGCCAAGCAAUCAAGGUUUUAAAAUAAGCACAAGAGAUCAAGGGACGCAUCCGAAAACACCAACACCUGACGAUGAACCCAAACGUCUAAGACUCGUGCCUGAUCACUCCAAUCUCAACUGGAAUGUCUGUUAAAUGGUGGUCAACCGUGUCAGUAAGUCCAUUACCUCCCCACCCACCACCGCCGCCGCCGCUACUCUUGACCAUUCUCUCAUGGCUGUGAAGAAUAAUUUCAUGUCAGAUAUGUAAUAAAUUAGGAGAACCAAAAGCAGAA